AUGUACAACACGUCACCGCCGGUGUUUGAGGAGGACGCUCGGUCCAUGUCCACUUCUCCCUCUUCCGCUUCGUCAAAUCCAACCAAUCAGGAUACACCGUCUAGGACAGCAAGUUUGAUCAACUCUCCCCCGUGCCCGCGUCUCUGGUCUGAAAAAGAAGUCAAGAAUUGGUUACAAGCUAUGGGAUUCUCCGAAGUCGCAUCUGUCUCCGAAGUAUGCUUUCUUUUCGCAGAGAACGGGAUUGAUGGGACUGUACUUGUGAAUCUCGAUUCAGAAAGUUUGAGGGACCUUGGAAUGGCCAAAGUUGGCCGAAGAUUGAAACUCAUCAGACUCAUUAAUGAGCUCACUUCUGGAACUACCCUUUCCAUGCUGACUCAAGAGGAAGUCAUUAAACCAAAUUCCCUCGGGAAAGUCGAUCUUGAAAGCCACGUGCUCAGCACAUUCAACAAUCAAGACGAACGAAUAAGUCACCUGGAAGAAGAACUAUGGGAGUUAAGAGCCUUUACUCGAAUUCUACGAGAGCGUUCCAGCAGUAUUGCAAGCUUCAACUCAGAGCAGGAUGCGGCGAGUAUCUUACAAGCGAGCCCGGCUGGGACUCCCAAGCUACCCAGCAUCCCUGGGCACUGGACCGCACACAAGAACGAGUUACCUCCGGUCCUCCUUUUUCAACCUUCCCCCGACAUGGUGGGCCAGAAACACGACACCUCACACAAUGAAUUUGAUUUAUGCUCGCCCAACUGCUUGGUACCCAAGUCUGGGCGCCGAAGAUCCAGCUCAGAUCCUAGCCUGAUUGAGAAGGAUCAGAAUGCUCUUGACAACAAUAUUUUGACUGCCAAUCCGAGCCCAACUUCUCUGUCCAGUCACAAUAGUUUGACCCCGAAGAGUUAUCAAUUUCCUCACAAUACUCAAAACCCUUCUUCGACAAACCUUUCUUCAGCAACCAAAAAUCCCUGGUCUCGAAACCCUCCAACAAGCGCGACUUCUAGCGCCACCACAAAUUCAAACCGGCAAUCGACCUAUGGCCUCCUGGAGCUUCGGCGCAAGUUUUCAUAUUCGAAACUUGAGGGAGCUUCGAUGAGUAGCACUAAUCUGAUGGCCUCUACUCCCAAGGCUACGACUGCUCUGGGCGCUCCUCAGUCUGGUCUUAUGAUAGCCAGAAAGCCAUAUUUGCUCACUCGACCUGCUCGAUCGCCUAUGCUUAGUACAUCUACGUUGCCUUCUGUUAGCGACAUGAACAUGACAGAAGACCUGCGAUACUCAACAGAGGCGAGAUCCAGAGCACACGACAAAUUAUCUGGAAUGAAUAGAUCUGCCUCGACCUCCAACCUGCGUACAACUCCAAGCGUAGCAGAACCAGUUCCCUCCCUCAACUCGGAGACCAGUAUACGGGUCAAAUCCAACAAUGAGGAGACAGUCAUUGAGGUUCUCAUCAACCACUUGUCAUCCUUUUAUCUCGAUGAUCCUUACGCUUGGUCUAAGCACGUUUUGAUUGUGCGUAAAAAAGGUACCACUUUUACCGAAAAUAGCUUGAGCUACGGUCAAAUACCACUCAAAGUUUACCGAUCAUUCAAGUCACGCGAGGGCGUAGAUUUCGCUAUCCGCUCGAUCGAGGAACUUCCGUCUCCUUUGAGGUCUAUCAAAGCUUGUCGGAAACGUGACAACAGGUCCAUCUCCACAGAUGAAUUUAUUGCUGGGGAUACAGGUGAAGGAUACGAGACUUCGGACGGCCAUCCGCUUCCGUACGGCCUUGCCAUCUGUGGUUAUCAGUCCGAUCUUGAUGAUGAAAUCGGUAUAAAGCCCGGUCAGACAUUCAUCAUCAGGGACCACUCCAAGACUCGAUAUUUGAUCGAGAAAGAUGCUAGCUCAAUGACUUCGACUUCGCCACUCUCUGUUCUCACCUCCUCAGCUUCAUCAAUUACAUCGACCUCUCCAUCUCCGACUCGCACAUUCAAUAACAAUACUGACAGUAUUGGCUGGGUUCCUAAAAAUUGCAUCCUAGAGACCAAUCGCUCGAUCUGUUCUUUCGCGCCGAACGGUGUCACCUCACUGAAAAAUCUCAUAUCUAAUCCAAUCGAUACCAUGGAAGAUAUUUUUGACAAGAGCAAGUUGACAACUGCCAAGAUCUGUUUAAUCUCAUAUCAAUCACUUUCUCAUCAUUGGUCCGGAGAGCUGCUUCAUCUAAGACAGGGCGAAGUUCUACGGGCGUUCAAUUUCAAAACCCACUCACACUGGACUUACUGUUUGAGAGAGUCGACGGGAGAGCGAGGCUGGUGUCCUAAUUGGAUCCUUAGCCCUAACCUUCAAGUUUUCACCCAAGGUGCCAUCAAGUUGCGAAACUACCUGCACAAUCAGCAAGUCAAUCUUGGCUCGUCCCAAUCAUCAUUGGGUAACGACGGUAGCAAGAGCCCACACGGCUCACUCAGAUCUGCCUCCUUGCAUAGCCCUCGUCCUCAACCCAUUGCAGUAACACGAUUGGCGGGACGGGGACAGCAAUCUAACGAGGAGGUAACCAGCUCAUUGGGAUCGGCAUCGUCGAGCUCAUAUCAAUCCCGUUUAAUUAUACCUGCUAUUUAUCAACCAUCCAAACGCCAGUACAACCUAGCACUAAAAUAUAUACACUUCCCUGCAUUCAUCGCGCUCUAG